GCUAAAGUCAUCCAGAGCAAGACGUGAAUGAACGGGAACUGCGCAUUGGUCCGACAUCCCAUUGUUCCGACCAUAUUAAACUCAUUGUUCCUAAGUCCGUUCCGAAAUCACCAUGAUGCCCUGUGGUUAAGGUCUGGUUAGGUUUAGGCACAAAAACCACUUGGUUAGGGUCAGGAAAAGAUCAUGGUGUGGGUUAAAAUGAAAAAGAAAGUGACAAACACAUAAGCCGUGAGCCUGCUCCGCCUCAAGCCAGUCGCCGCGCACCAUACGCCCGCCGCGAGCCGUUCAGCACCGCGGACAGUCGGACUAAUAGGAUGUCGAACCAAUGAACACCGCAAACGGAAUGAAACGAGUCUGUUUACGGCACAUUAACGAAUUCAAUUUAACAUUACAUGAUCUACAACUUUCAGCCAUGGACGUAUAAAGAGAAUCCUACAGAAAGUCUGGUCACCUGUCUGUAGCUUGUUGUUGUAUUACCGCCCCCUUUCGUCCCUCUGGCAGCACUGACCCCGACCGCCGAGGAGGAGACGGAGAGGACGGUAACGUUACCACGGGAAACGGCUGUCCAACGGGCGGGAGACACUUCGACCCUAAAGUCCUGUCAACUCAGCGAGGCAUGAUUUACCGCUGUCAUACAAACUGGACGGACUUCACCUCUGACAGCUGAGGCUACAAGCUAUUUUUAAACGCUGGGAGACCUUCAGUCGGAGCAACUGGUGUAGAUACCAUGGCAGAAGACAAGCACUUCCUGGAUAAACAUCGAGAUGAGCUGAUACAGAGAGUAAAGAACACUGCAGCCAUUCUGGAUGAGCUCCUCAGUGAAAAUGUCAUCCAACAACACAAUUAUGAUAAAAUCAGGGCUCUGCCCACCUCUCAGGAGAUCAUGAGGGAGCUCUUUAAUCAGCCUUUGGCAUCAAGUGGAGUUCAAGGAAAAGAGACCUUCUACAAAAUCCUGAAUAAACAUGAGUCUUAUCUAAUCGAUGACCUCAAGAGAACGGAGUAUGAGAACCCCAUGAAAGUAGAAACAGUGAUGGCUAAGAAGAUGCUUUAUGAAACAUUGAAUGAUUUGAGGACGGGAGAGCUUGACUAUUUCAAGUCACUCAUUGAAUUGGAGAAAGAUUACCCACCCAUCUCAAGGAGUCGUCUGAAAGUGGCAAACGCACAGGACACAGUUGAGCUGAUGGUGGAGACGUACAGGGAAGAGUGUGUGGAGUUGACCAGAAAGGUUUUAAAGAAGAUGAACAGGGCCGAUCUGGUGCAGAAACUAUCAGACACCAGCUCAGGAAGCAAAGAGAAACAGUGGCCUUCACUGAUCCAGAGAGUGGAAACAAUGACAUCUGUCAUAGAGCUGCUUUUGGAAACACUGGCUGAUUUGAGAGAUGUGGAGCUCAUGAAGCUCUGGGUGUUCCAAAGGUUCCUGCGUCAAAUUCACUCGUCAGAUAUCCAACGGAGGCUGCUGAUGACGGCAGACGUGCAGGACACAGUGUUUUUUAUGGUGCUCAUUGACGGCCAGCAGUCUGUGGAGACGACCAAGAAGGUUUUAGAGAAGAUGGAGAGGACUGAUCUGGUGCAGACGUUGUCAGACAGCAGCUCAGGAUCCAAAAAAAAACACUCUGUGGAUGAACGCCUGUCUGCACUGAUCCACAAAGUGGCAACAAUGAGGGCUGUUAAAGAGCUGCUUUUGGAAACACUCAGUGAUUUGAGUAACGACGAGUUAGAGAAAUUCAAGGUGUUGCUGCAGUUCACGUUUUUCCAGAGGAGCCUUGAACUCAUCUCAUGGGAAGAGCUGAGCCUUCCAGACACCUUAUGGAGUGAACUGAGCCCUCUACACGCUGCAUUGGGUGAAGUGAGCCCUCCACACACCUCAUGGAGUAAAUGGAGACCUCCACUGUCCUCAUCGGGUGAAGUGAGCCCUCCACACACCUCAUGGAGGGAACCGAGCUUUCUAUUUGUGUCACAGAGGAGACAAAUUAACAUGAAAGACCGACUGGUAGAUAUGAUGUUGAAGAAGUGCGGUCAACAGUCUGUGGAGGUGACCAUAGAGGUUCUGACAGACAUGAACAGAACUGAUCUGAUGCAGAGGCUGUCAGAGACCAGCUCAGGACACAAAGCUGCAGGAUCAUCAGCUGAAGCGUUUGGUGUGAGUACCACGCAGGGAGAGAAACACUGCGUGGAUGAACAUUGGCCUGCAUUGAUCCAGAAGGUGGAAACAAUGGCAUGUGUCAUAGAGCUGCUUUUGGAAACACUGGUUGGUUUAAGUGAUGGGGAGCUGAAGAUCCUCAAGAGGGUCCUCUGCAGACGCUUCUCAGACAGCACAUUAAUACUGCUGAAGAUAGAAGACAGGCAGGUCAUAGUGUUUUUAAUAGUGCUGGCCUACGGCCAACAGUCUGUGGAGAAGACCAAGGAGGUAUUAAAGAAGAUGACGAAGACUGAUCUGGUGCAGAGGUUGUCACACAGCAGCUCACAAUCAAAGAAGAAACGCUUAGAUGAACACCGAUCUGCACUGAUCCAGAAAGUGGCCACAAUGGCAGUGGUUAAACAGCUGCUUUUGGAAACUCUGAAUAGUUUGAGUGACAAGGAGCUCGAGGAAUUCAAGAAGUUCCUGAUGUGGAUCAUCUGCCAGAAGAAACUCAAAGCCAUGUCAUCACCGAUCACCCUCACAACAGACAGAGCAGAAAUAGUGGAUCUGAUGUUGCAGACCUACAGCCAGCAGUCUGUGUCGUUAACCAGGGAGGCUGUAAAGAAAAUGAACAGGACUGAUCUGAUGCAGAGGUUGUCAAAGCCCAGCUCAGAACUUGAAGAGAAACACUCAGUGGAUGAACAUCAAACUGCAGUGUUGGAGAAAGCAGCUGUGAAACAGAUUCUUUUGGAAACACUGAAGGAUUUGAGUUCAAAGGAACUGGAGAAAAUCAAGUGGUUGCUGCAGUUCACGCAGUUCCAGAAAGGCCUUCCACGCACCUCAUGGAAACAGUUGUACUGGGCAGACAGUACAAAAGAACUAGUUGAUCUGAUGGUCCAAACCUGCGGCCAGCAGUCUGUGGAGGUGACCAAGGAGGUUUUCAUGGACAUGAACAGGACUGAUCUAGUAAAGAAGUUGUCAGUCAUGAGCUCAAGAAUGAAAGAGAAACAUCCAUCUGAAUGGCUCCAGAAGGUGGUGACCAUGACAUCACUUAUGGAUAAGCUUUUUGAAACACUCAAAGAUUUAAGUUACACAGAGCUCAAGCAAUUCAAGCAUGUCCUGCAGCACACUACAGUGAAGAAAGGCCUCCCAAAAAUCUCAAGACAGAGAAUGGAGACAGCAAGCAGAGAUGAAAUAGUGGAGCUGAUGGUGGAGAUCUACGGCAAGCAGUCUGUGGAAGUGACCAGGAGGGUUUUAAUGGAGAUGAACAGGAUUGAUCUGGUAGAGAGGUUGUCAGAAGGCAGCUCAGGGCCUUCAGGAAGCUCGGAGCUUGAGGGUUGUGGAAGCGUUGCGCAGGACUCCAGUGACUGGACUAAACUUGACCCUGAAGUGAACUGUACUGAUGCUGACGAGGCUCCAACUUAUAGCCUACAGUCUGAAGCAGGAAACUUUGAAUGCAGUGUCUCUGGCGUGCGUUGGGUCUGUAAGGAAAAGGUCAGCUUUAAGUACCAGUUUUGCUCUUUGAGUGGACACAUGGAGAAGAUUGAAAGCAUGCAGUACAUGCCUGCAGGUCCCCUGAUGGACAUCACAGCCAUUGCUGGAAAGUUGGAUGUAGUGUACCUGCCACACUGGAUCGCCAUAGAUGACAAUCCUACAAUAUUAGACAAGUUUGCAGUCCUACACAUAGAUGACUGUGGAGAUGUUGUGGAAAGAGUGUCUGAGGUCACAUCGUCACAUGUCAAGCUGUCUGAACCAGUUUUCUCUCUGAAAUUGAUCCUGGUGAAAUAUCUUGGCCUUUCGGUGGAAAUACGCUGUAAGGUGUUAAUAUACAAGGCCGACACAACAUCCCUCAAACUCCACGUUUAUCUGAUCCCACCUGAUCGUGCUCUGAUACAGGAAUUGGAGAGAACCUUGUCACGUGAUGGAUACAAAAGAAUCCAUGAGCCACAUCCAGUGAAGCCCCUGAAAAUGCAUGAGUGGUUCACCCUAACAGCAGAUUUGGACGGCACAAAAAUUCGCCCUGAAGCAUUAAUGCUCACAUAUGAAAGCACAGAACCGAAUUUCUUCCAAGUGUUGUGUACUAAAAAUCCAGACACAAACUUUGCGCUUGAGCUCAAACAAAAAAAUGAGCUUCAACCAGUGUGGACCUGUGAGAUUCAAAAAGCUGCCGAAUCAUCAGCAGGACCAUGUGACAGUGCAACAGCAAGUGCUGAACAAUCCUCCGAGCCUGGUCCAAGUUACAGUGAGCUGUUUUCUAUUUUCUGAAUGUGAAACACUACAGCAAAGCUGUUUUUAAACCAACUUCUAAUUUUUAAUUUUACUUUCAACUUAAUCCCUCUGCGCAGUAUCUAUCACCUGAACAUUUGUUAC